AUGUUGCGAACCCUGCCUGAACAAUACAAAACGAACUGGAAGGACCAUGUUAAUAAACUAAUUCACGCUUACAACUGUACGAGACACGAGGCUACCGGGUAUUCUCCAUUCUUGCUACUCUUUGGUAGGACGCCACGUCUCCCCAUUGAUCUCAUGUUCAACUUGCCAGAGAAACAAGAAGUAACGGGAUAUCCAGCCUACGUAAGAAAAUGGAAGACAGCGAUGGAGGAAGCGUACAACCUAGCUUCAAAAUCAGCUCAGCAAGCCGCGGAGAAGGGGAAGAAACAAAGCAACAAACGUAUUCGAUCAACAGUCCUUUCUCCAGGUGAUCGCAUACUGGUGAGAAACCUUACUCCACGCGGAGGUCCAGGAAAACUUCGAGGAUUCUGGGAAGACGAAAUCCAUGUAGUAGUGUCCCGAAAAGGCCCUGAAAGCCCUGUUUAUGACAUAAAGUCAGAAUCUGGACGUGGAAAAAUAAGAACACUACACCGCAACCUAUUAUUACCCUGCGAUUACCUCCCACCAGACCACGGCGUACAAAUUAACGAAUCGGUCAAAACGAAGAAGAGUGAAACAAGUGAAGGAAGAGAAAAGCUAAAACCGAGAAAACAGUUUUCUGCAAAUGACGAACAAGUUGACACAGAUUCAGAUUCGGAGGGAGAGGAGAGACCAUCUGCACUGCCAAAUGAUAUGAAAGAACUGAACGCACAACAGUCACAGCACACUGAGCACAGUGAAACGUUCGAAGACACCGAGAGAAAUGCAGUGACACCAAGUGAGACAAGCGAACAAGACGGAAACCCCACAGUGGAAGAACAAAAUCUCACAGCAGAGAAUACUGCAGGUGACAUUACAACAGAGAACCCAAUCACCCAAACCCCAUCGACGACGAAUGAACAUGAAAAUGUGAUCCAAGCGGGAAAUAACGGCGAAGAAACUGCUAGAUUUUAUCCACGACCACAACGAGUUCGACAGCCGCCAUCACGUUUUGGAUAUAACACACCCGGAAAUCCAGCGACUGGUGUGUUCAAUGUAUGUCAAAACCCCACCGUUGGAAUGAUGCAGACCUGCGGCUUCAUACCACCACAACCGCACCUAUUUUACGGUUACCCACCAACUCAACCACCAUUUGAUUACCCACCGACCCCACCACCGUUUGGUUACCUACCAACUCCACCACCAUUUGGUUAUCCACCAACUCCACCAUUGUUUGGUUACCCUCAAAUGUACCAGAACCAGCCAAUGUUUGCGUUUUAG